GUUGUGUAAGUUCCAGCAAAGACAGUCUUCUAGUAGAAACACUUCAUGGGCGCAGGCGACCGAAAGCGGGUAAACACUAUUUUUUUUGUGUUUAUUACAAAAAGUGUAUCAUAUAUUUUUUUAGGUAUUUGAGAAGUAAAAUAAGCGGCUUUUGAUCCUGAACAAUUGAAAGCUAAAUCUGUUUAACCAGGACCUCAGAAAGCCAGAACGAUAUAAGAGGGCCUAUCAAAUAUGUCUUCCUCCCAGUCAUCUUCAAGGCGGCAGUGGUGUUGUUACCUUUGCGAUUUGCCUAAGAUGCCAUGGGCUAUGAUCUGGGACUUUAGCGAGACUGUCUGCCGAGGCUGUGUGAAUUAUGAAGGGGCGGACCGUAUUGAAUUCCUCAUAGAGACGGCCAGGCAUUUGAAAAUAACUCAUGGUAUGCAGGAUGACAGGUCCCCGGGUCCCCAGCCCACCAAACAUGGCCCAGGUGGGAGAGAUGGACCUAUGGAGGGUGGUAGGCCACCUCCUGAACGCUUUGAAAGGGUAAGAGGGGACUACGGAGCCCCAGCACGGCUCCUCAACGGUCUGCACAGAAUAGAUGACGGGGGCCCACAACAAGAUGUCAGUGGACAGAGCCCUAACAACGCCAGACGACCCAUGGUGUGUACCGUUCCACCCAAUUUAAUGACACAAGGCCUUGUGGGGGCUCCGCACGGGUUGCUAGCAGCUGUGCCCGGUUUAAAUACCAGAGUCGGGGGAACCCCCCUCACCCUCUCUGCCCCCAUGCUGAACGAGAUCACCAAGCGGCAGCUAAGCAUGGGCAUGGGUGUGGCCUCCUUCCUGAGCCCUGAGUUUGAGAAGGAGCUGAGGGAGAAGCAGAGGAACGCAGAGGCUCUGGCCGAGCUGUCGGAGAGUGUACGGAACCGAGCAGACGACUGGGCCGGCCGACCCAAGGCUGUACGAGGGGCCCUGCUCACCCUCUCCGGCUGCACCCCCUUCAACGUGCGCUUCAAGAAGGACCACAGCCUGGUGGGGCGGAUCUUUGCCUUCGACGCCAAGCUGACGCUGGACUUUGAGCUUAAGAUCUUUGCGGAGUACCCGUGCGGCUCGGGGUAUAUGUUCUCCAGCCUGGCGGCGCUGGUCAAGCAGAUGUUCCACGACAGCCAGAAAGACUCUGGGAACAAGGUGAUCAACUUGGGCCUGAAGUAUGUGGAGUACGAGAAAAGGCAUGGCACGGGGGACUGGCGGCUGCUCUCUGAGCUGCUGAGUGAUUCGGUACGGGCCUUUAAGGACACCCCCAGCCCUGACGUUCUCCCCCAGCCCUACCUGGACACCAGCUGCUCCAUGCUGCCCACAGCGCUGUGUCACAUGGCCCGCUCAGCACCGCCAGCCCGCGUGCGCCGGAGGAAGACUUCCCCGGAGCCCCAGGGUGGAGAGGUAGUGACCACAGAGGAGCAGCUCCGGCAGCACUGGCCCAUGGGGAUGUACCCGGGCAUGGCUAUUCACCUAGCUGCCUCCUCCCUACCCAGCGCUAGCCAGCCACCUCCUCACCAGGAGGGCUCGGCCUCCCACUCCCACAGCAGCGACCCCUCCCCCAUCACAGCACUGAUGAGCGUGGCUGACAACGCGGGUGCAGCCGCUGGCCAGUCACCCAGAGAAGCCCCUAGCAGCAGUAGUGGCAGUGGAGGCCUGGGCCACUCCUCCUUGGCAGUGAGACAGAGCAGCAGCAGCCCCAUGGCAGCCUGCCCUGCAGGGCAGCAGCGCCACCUGGCCUCCAGGAACGGGGAACCCCAGGGAGCUAGCAACUCUACAGGGGGCACCACGGCAGCCCUCCCCCUGGCUGGGGCCUCGGACCAGGGAGCAGGGGACCCCUCCGGCUCCUCUGGUCCCCCUCUCUGCUGCACCAUCUGCCACGAGCGCUUGGAAGAUACUCACUUUGUCCAGUGCCCGUCUGUUGCGGCCCAUAAAUUCUGCUUCCCUUGCACCAGAGACUUCAUCCGGAGCCAGGGGGCCGGCAUCGAGAUGUUCUGCCCCAGUGGAGAGAGGUGUCCCCUGGUGGGCUCCAAUGUGCCCUGGGCCUUUAUGCAGGGAGAGGUUGCUACCAUCCUGGCUGGAGACGUCAAGGUGAAGAAGGAGCGCGACCCCUAAAUCCUCUGGGACACCUGACUAAGGCUGUUGACGCCUGAGUGGAGCAGCAGCCUGGUGCCUGCAGAUAACGACAAUCUCAACAGGUUCUCGCCACCUCACAGCCAAUCACCACGACAAUCUCAACAGGUUCUCCCCCACCUCACAGCCAAUCACCACGGCAAUCCACCAGGUUCUCGCCACCUCACAGCCAAUCACCAUGACGAUCUCAACAGGUUCUCCCCACCUCGCAGCCAAUCAUCAUACACCUCUACCUCCAUGGGGCAGGCCUUACACUAUCACACCACUGUCUGGUUGGUUAGGGGGGUGACCGUGCCCCCAGCCCUUGCUCACCUCUAAUACCUAAUUCACCCCUUUGUCCCUCAAACAUCAACUUAUUAGUAUUGGUCACUAGUAUUAGUCACUGACUUUAUAAACCAGUGGACCAUGGUUGGGAAGUAUGCACUUCAUCUAGGGCUUCCGAGUGGCGCAGCGGUCUAAGGCACUGCAUCUCAGUGCUAGAGGCAUCACUACAAACCCUGGUUUGAUUCCAGGCUGUAUUGCAACCGGCCGUGAUUGGGAGUCCCAUAGGGCGGCGCACAAUUGGUCCGGGUUUGGCCGGGGUAGGCUGUCAUUGUAAAUAAGAAUUUGUUCUUAACUGACUUGCCUAGAUAAAUAAAGGUUAAAUAAAAAUAAAUCUGUCCUGUUAUAGUUGAUUUUAGGUCUGUUUUCUGUUUCAUGGAACAUCUUUCUAAAAGAUCUCUGAGUGGCAUUGAGAAAGACUGAUGACUUCACUAAAUCUUACAGCAACGUAUAGCCUUGGACUGUUCCUCUUGUGACCGUUUUUUGUUUGUUUUUGCGUCACAUUUGACCUUUACAUAAAACUGACUUUGACUGUCACCGAACUAAUUGUUUGCUCUUUGCUGAAACCUCAAACCAGCAGUUAAGGUAUGUCGCCAUCGAUUUAUAAGACAGAAACAGGGACUUUCAGUGCUACGCGAUACAAUAACAUGGCUUUCACAGUGCCCAACAAAGAUGCUUUAUAUAGCAUGUAAGAAAUGGGAUGGAUACCUCUCUAUUUUAUACUGAAUGUAGAAUGUAAGACAAUCUCUCGCGAUGGUAAUAGAUGUGCAAUCUAUAGUUUUGAUACACACAAGCUGUAUUGUAUCACUGAGUAGCCUAUACACGUGCGUAGAAACCAAAGAUAGAUUCAUGCUAAAGUAGAUUUACAGUGCCUAUAGAAAUUCUAUACCCCCUUGAACUUUCUUCACAUUUUGUUGUUACGAAGUAGGAUUUAAAUAGAUUUAAUUGUAAAAAAAAAAAAAAAGUGUCAUUGAUCAACACAAAAUGCUCCAUAAUGUCAAAGUGAAAAGAACAUUUGAAAAUGUUUUACAAAUGAAAUAACUAAAAUAUAGUCAUUGCAUAAGUAUUCACCCCCUUUGUUUAGGCAAGUCUAAAUUAGUUAAGAAGCUUGACAUAGGCAAAGACUGGGGAGGUUUUCAGGAUGAAAAGAAAUGGGAUGGAGCUAAGCACAGGCAAAAUCUUGAGGAAAACUUGCUUGUACACCAGACACUGGGAGAGAAAUUCACCUUUCAGAAGGACAAUAACCUACAACACAAAGUUAAAUGUACACUGGAGUUGUUUACCAAGAAGACAGUGAAUGUUCCUGACUGGCCAAUUUGCAGUUUUGACUUAAAUCUGCUUGAAAAUCUAUGGCAAGACUUGAAAAUGGCUGUCUAGCCAUGAUCCCAAACACCUUGACAGAGCUUGAAGAAUUUUGAAAAGAAUAAUGGGCAAAUAUUCCACAAUACAGGUGUGCAAAGCUCUUUUGAGACUUACUCAAGAGACUCAUAAUUGCUGCCAAUGGUGAUUCUACCAUGUAUUGACUCAGGGGGGUGAAUACUUAUCCAAUGAAGAUAUAUUAGUGUUUUAUUUUUCAUUCGUCUUUAAAAAAAAUCGACUUUGACAUUACAUUACAGUAUUUUGUGUAGAUUGUUGAACAAAAUGACAAAUACAUUUUAAUCCAACUUUGUACCGCAACAAAAUGUGAAAAAAAGUUCAAGGGGGUAUAGACUUUCUGUAAUCUUAUUAUUUUUGUGUUAAAUGACUUUAUUAUUUCAAUAUGUGCCAGGGAAAUAGUGGGUGAAACGGUUCUUGUUAGGAUAGUUCUAGGUUAACUGAAGUUGUAGAGAUUAAACUAAUAUUGUGUACUUUAUGAUGUUUAAUUUAAAGGAAUUUACUCUUUAUGUCAAGUCAAAGGUUUUUUUCUAUAUUGACUGAGAUUCAAGUUUGUUUCCCGUGAUCCUCAUGAUUCUUAUUAUUUUUUAAAGUUCUAUAAAAUCCCUGUUUUAUGCUCUGUUUUACUUAUGAACUUAUCUCUUUGAAUGGUUUAAAAGAUAAUAUAUACAUGUAUAUCAAAAUACUUCUCUGUCAGGUUUUCCUUAACCUUUCAUGUUCGUCACCAAAAUUAAUAUAUUAAUUGAAUUAUCAAUUUGCAAAGCUAGUGCCAAUCAAUACCUUACCAUGUGCAUGUGUAAAUAUGAAAUUGAAUGAGGACAAUACAUCAAGCCAUUGCUGAUCACAUGGGCAUGAAUGUAUACUGUACACUAGUAGCUGUAUCUGAAAGUGUAUGUAGUACUAAAAUUAGGCCUAUUACUUAUCUAAAAUACGGUAAGUCAAAUGUAGCCCUUACAACAAAAAUGAAUUUCCUACAAAAGCACUGAUAUGUUCAUGCAACUUUCCUCAAGUGAUUGGGAGUCCCAUAGGGCAGCGCACAAUUGGCCCUGCGUUGGCUGGGGUAGGCCGUCAUUGUAAAUAAGAAUUUGUUCUUAACUGAUUUGCCUAGUAAAAAAAAAAAUACAUUUCAAAAAAGUGCCUUUAAUGGCGUCCUCUGUCUGAAAGCACUUGUAAAAAAUCCAUACAAAGUAGAAGUAUUUUGUAUUUGGCCCCUAAACUAGUAAGGAUUGUCUUGUGCCGGCCUUUCUAUUAUUAUGGUCCUGUCUGCCAUGGACUCCUGUUGAGUUGCUUAUCUCAAAACAGUUCAAGGUUAAAGCUUGUAUUCCAACUCUAUUUCUACUUGACACUAGCCUAUUUCUGCCCUUAUUUUUUUUAAACAUUUUCCUGGAAUGGAAACCUACUCCGGGCGGCAGGUAGCCCAGUGGUUACCGCGUUGGGCCAGUAACUGCAGGUUGCUAGAUCGAAUCCCUGAACUGACAAGGUAAAAAUCUGUCGUUCUGCCCCUGAACGAUGCAGUUAACCUACUGUUCAUAGGCUGUCAUUGUAAAUGAGAAUUUGUUCUUAACUGACUUGUCUAGUUAAAUAAAACCCUGAAUGUCA